GCUGUGUUUCCCCUGGCCCGGCAGCCCCCCGGACCGCCAUGGACGUGCUGGACCUCGCCAUGCAGGGGUUCGCCGUGUUCGGCUUCAUCCUGUUCUUCGUCCUCUGGCUCAUGCACUUCAUGUCCAUCAUUUACGUACGUCUCCAUCUCCACAAAAAAAGGUCAGAAGUCAAGCAGUCGUUCGCACAGCUGGCAGGAGUGUCUCUGCUGAAGCCACUGAAGGGUGUCGACCCAAACCUGAUCUCUAACCUGGAGACAUUUUUCACUCUGGAUUACCCCAAGUAUGAGAUCCUGCUGUGUGUCCAGGAUCAGGAUGAUCCAGCUGUCGACGUGUGUAAAAAGCUGCUGGGCAAGUAUCCCAACGUAGACGCCCGAUUAUUCAUUGGGGGAAAGAAAGUUGGGAUCAACCCAAAGAUCAACAACCUGAUGCCAGGUUACGAAGGAGCCAAAUAUGGCCUGGUCUGGAUCUGUGACAGUGGCAUUAAAGUGAAACCUGACACCCUGACAGAUAUGACCAAUCAAAUGACAGAGAAGGUGGGACUGGUGCACGGGCUGCCAUAUGUCGCUGACCGCCAAGGCUUUGCCGCCACACUGGAGCAGGUGUACUUUGGGACUUCCCACCCUCGCUCCUACAUCUCUGCUAAUGUGACGGGGAUCAAGUGUGUUACGGGGAUGUCGUGUCUAAUGAGGAAGGACGUCUUGGAUCAGGCUGGUGGUCUGGUCUCUUUCGCUCAGUACAUUGCUGAAGAUUACUUCAUGGCCAAAGCUAUUGCUGACAGAGGCUGGAAGUUCUCCAUGGCAACACAGGUGGCGCUGCAGAAUUCUGGCUCCUACUCUAUUGGCCAGUUUCAGUCUCGUAUGAUCAGGUGGACCAAACUAAGGAUCAACAUGCUUCCUGGCACCGUGCUGGAGCCCAUCUCUGAGUGCUUCCUGGCUAGCCUCAUCAUUGGCUGGGCAGCACAUCAUGUGUUCAGAUGGGACAUGAUGGUUUUCUUCAUGUGUCACUGUCUCGCCUGGUUUAUCGCAGACUACGUCCAGCUAACAGGAAUCCAGGGCGGCCCACCGUGUUUCUCCAAGUUGGACUUUGCUGUUGCCUGGUUCAUCAGGGAAUCGAUGGCUGUGCAGAUCUUCCUCUCAGCUCUGUGGGACCCCACCAUCAGCUGGAGGACUGGACGGUACCGGCUGCGCUGCGGCGGGACUGCCGAGGAGAUACUCGAUGUGUAGUUACCAUGGCAACCAGCUGCACCGCCAUCCUGAUGGGGGCAGGAAACGUAGAAACGGACGUUUGGGUGUUUCGAGAAAAAUCGUGUGUGUGUAUGUGUUUGUGAGUGUGUGUGCUUGUGCGAGUGUGCGCGUGCGCGUGCCUUUUUAUCUAUUUAUGUUCAUUUUGGUGCUAAAACAAAAUGAUGCCAGAAAAACAAGCCAAUGAGUAGGAAAAACAGGAUGGAGCGAGGUGUUGCACUGAAACAUUAGAUUUUUAUCAGCAAUUAAUUAACCAUUCAGAGAAUGGGAGCUGACCUAAUUACCCCUGGUUCACAAACAACAGAAGAAAUAACUUGCACAUUUAGCUUUUGUAACGUUGACAGGAAAAAAUGAGGAGAAAAAGCUGCUUCAGAUAAAAUUAUGAAUGAACACUGAUUUGGAUAUGUGGCUUAAAACUAAUUUUCGAUGAUGUAAACAUUGUUGAUCAGUGAAACUAAAGCCUCAAUUGAUGUGAAAGUAGAAACCAUGAAUGAGUUGUAUGUUAGAAACAAGGAUACAAACACACCCAUGGCUCAGUCAUUUCCACUUUCUCUACCGAGUGGCAAUGAAAGUCAAGCUCUGUUCCUGUUUGAGCUUGUGUUUAAAAUAUCUUGAAUCCAAUGUUAACAUUGUCAGUCAGACAGAAACUUACAGUAACUGUGGUAUUUCUCUCUUUACCUUAAUUUGUCGUGUACAAAUACCAAAAGAUAAAGCAAGUGUCACUAAUGGUAAGUCUGAGAUGCUGAUUGGUUAAAUUUUGCUUUUAAACAUAAACCAGAUUUUAAGAAUUCUUCUAUUGCAAUACAACAAAAAGCACAUCUCUGAUGUCUUCUCACAAAUAAAAGCUAAUUUAUUUAUUUUACGAAUUUUAACAAAAUCUCAUCAGAAUGUUGUCACUUUUCUGGAAGAAAAAACUUUCCAGAAUUUUGGUCGUCAGGUUCCAAAGUUCGUGGAUUGUAACCACUGACGUCUAACCCUAACCCUGGUUCUUGGAUCACUGUGAACCUGUCUGAUUCCAGGUCAAAGUUAAGACACGAUGCACUCUAUGACAAAUGUCUCCACAUAUUUGCAGAAACGGGCAGUUUGUGACUCAAAGUGAAAAUAUGAGCAUUUGUUAAACACCGUAACAAGCAGUUGAUGAAAAAUGUGGUUAAAGUUAUUUGGUAAAGAGCGUAUGUUUUUUUUUUUUGUUUGUUUUUGAGAAGUCAACAGGAGUUUGGUGACAGUUUAGGUACUGAAUGAAAUCCAGUAUUUAGUUUUUUGUAAUAGUCACAACAUUUCAUGUGUCCACGAAACAGCAGACACUGGACCAAACAAAAAUCCAAUCAUUUCUGAACAUCUUUUUGUUUGUUUAGUCUCAACACUGUGUGUGUGUGUGUCUGCGUGCGUGUGUUUUCUAAAGCUGCAUUUACUUUGUUAGUGGUGGGCAGUUUGGUUGAUGACAUCACUAAGUCGGACGAACGCCAGUCGCUGUUGUUCAAUAGGAUCAGUAGGAUUUGUUUACUGUCACUUUUUUUUUAAUCUGCUGUAGUCUAUGACAACCAAUCACAGCGGAGGAUUGUGUCAACACAGAGGUAAUAAAGCUUUGAACCGUAAA